GUUACCUUUGGGCAGUGGGUCGACACAGAUGUGGUCGCAGACGGUGGCAGCUGACGGGUCCUGGCGCAACGCGGGUGGCGAGUUCACGUCCCUCCUGCAGGAAGGCUCGGAAGAUGACGACGACGGGCAGGUUGAUCUGAGGUUCGGCUUCUCGUCCGGCGGUGCGACGGCAGCGACCCGUACGUUCAUCAUCAACCCCGAGCCUUCCCCGCGAUCCCUUCAACGUGCAGGAAGUGCGCACACCCAGCAAUGCACACUUGAAGCCGGUGUGUCCGUUAAUGUCGGUAUUCGGCCUUUACCUUCUAACCAGCAGCAUGGCAAGAGUGCGUGGUCCUGCGAACGGAGCAGAGACGGCUGCCCCGUCCCUGUCGGAUUGGCAGCGGGCCACGUGCGCAUCGGCGGUGGUCGUUUGGACAUGCCAAACCCGAGCAGAACUACGCAGGCAGACUUGAGAGACGACGUCGCUUGCAGACCGCCGGCGUGUCCACGACCUACAGUGGACAACAUCAUUCGAGGAGUGUCCAACAUGCGGGCACACAACGAUGGCGGCGUUCAAGAUGCGGCAUUCCGUGAUGACGCUGACGAUGGAGACAUUGAGGACAUGGAGGCAGUGGACGAUGACGAUGACGUCGAAAUUUGGUCAUUGGGGAAGACGAUAGGGGGGGGGAAAGGACACCGCAGAGGCGGUGGUCGUGGUCGAUCCGGUGGGCAGGGUGGCAGAGGAGGCGCAUCCGACGAUGGUGGGAAGUCGGCGACAUAUUGGUCGACGGACGACCAAUUGCGACUUGUGAGAUGUAAGUGGGAGCAAGACAUGCACCUAGCAGGGCUGGGUCACAAUUACGGUCGGCUGCGAACGAAGGAGUGGAGGUGGGACUACAUUGUGAAAUGGAUGGCCAACAUGGGGACGCCGAAAGAAGUCGAUGAGUGUUCCAAGAAGUGGGACAAUCCAUUUCAGAACUACAAGAAGAUACAGAGAUUUCAAGGGAAGAGUGGCGAGGCGGAUUUCUUCAAGUUGUCGAACGAAGAGCGGAAGGAGCACAAUUUCAAGUUCAGGAUGGAGAGGGUGUUGUACAACGAGAUCCAUGCGAGCAUACUUGGCAGCCACACCAUGUUCCCUCCCAACAUCGCCGACACUGGUCGUCCGGAACGGGUGCAGUUGCCGAGGCGAGGAGCGGGAGGUGGGGAGUCUGUCGGAAGUGAAGCCGGCGGUGAUGGCGGCGCGGACGACCGCAAGGCCAUGUCUCCAAGGGGCAGAGGCGGUUCUCGUGCAUGCGGCAAGAAGCGUGAUGCACCUCAUGACGACGCUGGGGGAGUGGACAAAGGAGGGCGACAAGUGAUGAAGGGGACGACUCGCGACGUCCGCAUCAUCAACGUCGAAGUGAAUGAAGAUGCGCGGGUGGACGAAGGCCAAGGCGGUGCGGUGCCGAAACAUAGCACAAUGCAGCCGGUUACACUGCCGACGACGCCACGUCAGCAGCACGCAGUUGUGGUCACAGGGGGAGCGAUGCCCAGACAGGCAGUCCCAUUGCCAGCAAUGCCACGUCAGCAUCGCACAAGCGAUAACGUCGGAUCUAGUGCUGCGGCCGCCAUUGUGACAGCGGUGGAACCGCCACAACCCCGCCACGCAGGUGCGGACGUGGGAAUUGUGGCAGGAGCACCGUGGGGGGCGACGGGGGAAGGCCGCAGGGGGGAGGACUUCGCGAGCGCAACGGAGGUUGCACAUGUGGAGAAAAAGAGGGGGGUCGAGGAUGACGAACCUCUCGUCAACAGGGUGCGCAAAGGCGAACUGGCGAAAGAUCAGGUGGAGCGAGCGAGACUGUGGGUCGACGACAAAUCAUUCUGGACGUCAGGGGAGGGGCGCAAACUCUACAAUAUCAUCAACGAGACACGUGAGCACCUCGUUGCCGUCGCAAACGGGCUUCCACUCCCGAACGUCCCGAGAAGCGUCGCCAUGCCCAAAUCCAACAUCGCGCAGAUCGGGAUCACGGAUACAGGGCAGUUGCAGGGAGCAUUGAGUCGCGCAUCAAAAGUCCAGAGUGUGGCCUUGCGGGUUUUGCAUGGCUGCGUCUUCAAAUCGGGCUCCAGAGAAUGAGGAUACAAUGUCGCCUUCCAGUAUGUACUGGAAUCUGUGGCGAUCGACAUCGCACACGCGAUGUGGCAUGGUGAGGAGUGGAGUAACGUCGUCAGCCCCGCCGU